AAAUUUGAAUAAUACGAAAGUGCGCGUCGAGUGCAUAUAAGGAGCGCAACUGAUAGUGAUUCAAUAUUAUGGAAAAGCAAUGAGCGAAGCCGUAGAGUUAAGCCGAACAUCUUGUUGCUACAGAGUCAAGUCGCUCAAGUAAUUCAAAAAAGCACAGUGAUUUUCACUCGAAUAUCGUUUGGUCACGUCUGCAUUUUAAUUCUUGCAGUCUUUACGGCAUAGUCCAUUCAGAUUCAAUCCGGCCCUCUGUAAAUAGAGACAUAUAAAUGAUUUAAAAUAAAAAUAGUGUAUGAAAGCUUAUCGAACCACAUAAAUACGAGAAUAUUUGAAAUAUAGAGAAAGUGUAGUGAUUAAUGAAACAUACAAAGUUUAGAGAAACAUACUUGGAUCAAUAGACGAUUGAAACAUUUGUGAGCAGCGAAAUCAAACAAAAUCGAUAAGAGAAAGUAAAAACAGAAACAGAAUCAAAAUGUUUAUCAGCAAUGGAUUUGAAUUAGCGAGAACUUCGAGCUGGAAGCUCUUACAUGCAACGAAGAAAUUCCACCUAAUAUCGCCACUCAUCAUACGUCGUUGCUUGUCCGUCCAAUACGGCGAUCCUACCUUGCUAACACCUGAUGCAAGGGCCUACUUGAAAGAUUCUAUCGCAUUAUGUCAACCGGAUCGUAUCCACAUAUGUGAUGGAAGUCUCAAUGAGAGCAAAAUGCUACAAGAAGUAAUGAUAAAGCAGGGAACUAUUACUCCGCUCAAUAAAUACAAUAAUUGUUGGCUUGCGCGUACAAAUCCUGCAGAUGUCGCACGUGUUGAAUCGAAAACUUUUAUUUGUACUGACCGAAAGGAACAAGCCAUUCCUGUUACCUCAAAUGCCAAACAAGGUGCACUUGGCAAUUGGAUCUCGCCUGCUGAUAUGGAGCAGGCCGUUAAAGAACGAUUUCCGCAGAGCAUGCGAGGACGGACAAUGUAUGUAAUUCCAUUUUCAAUGGGUCCGUUAGGUUCACCGUUAGCGAAGAUUGGUAUUGAGCUCACUGAUUCACCAUACGUUGUGGAAUCAAUGAAAAUUAUGACACGUGUUGGAAAUCAAGUUCUCGCAAAAAUGCAAAGCGAUGGUGAUCGAUUCGUUAAAUGUCUGCAUUCGGUAGGUACACCGAAGGAUGGAAACAUUGCGGUAUCUUCUUGGCCUUGCGAUCCCGAGCGCACUAUUAUUCUUCAUAAACCCGCCAGUAAUGAGAUCUUAUCAUAUGGUUCCGGUUAUGGAGGUAACUCCUUAUUGGGUAAAAAGUGUUUUGCAUUGCGUAUUGGAAGCACCAUUGCAAAUCGAGAGGGUUGGUUGGCAGAACACAUGCUUAUAUUAGGGAUCACAAAUCCCCAUGGUAAAAAGAUAUAUGUCGCAGCCGCAUUCCCAUCGGCUUGUGGUAAAACAAAUUUGGCUAUGAUGACACCAACACUGCCAGGCUACAAGGUAGAGUGCGUGGGUGAUGAUAUUGCAUGGAUGAAAUUCGAUAGUAAGGGUGUGUUACGUGCUAUAAAUCCCGAAAAUGGUUUCUUUGGCGUUGCGCCAGGUACCGCUAUGUCGACGAAUCCGAUUGCAAUGAAGACAAUUUUUGCUAACACGAUUUUCACAAAUGUGGCAUCCACUUCAGACGGUGGUGUUUAUUGGGAGGGCAUGGACGAGCCAGAUAUCAAUAAAAUAACAAUAACUGACUGGCUGGGAAAAUUAUGGUCCAAGCAAACGGGCAAACCUGCGGCACAUCCGAAUUCUCGCUUUUGCACUCCGGCAGCACAAUGCCCCAUUAUUGAUCCGUCAUGGGAGGAUCCACAGGGUGUACCAAUCAGCGCUAUUCUAUUCGGUGGUCGCCGUCCUACUGGCGUACCGUUAGUUUAUGAAGCACGCAGUUGGUCCCACGGUGUUUUUAUUGGUGCCGCCAUGCGGAGUGAAGCAACGGCUGCCGCUGAGCACAAAGGGAAGUUAAUAAUGAAUGAUCCAUUUGCCAUGCGUCCCUUCUUCGGUUAUAACUUUGGAGAUUAUCUUCAGCAUUGGUUAAGCAUGGAAAAGAGAGGAACAGUACCAAAAGUGUUUCAUGUUAAUUGGUUCCGUAAAAAUGCCGAUGGUAAAUUUUUAUGGCCAGGCUUUGGUGAUAAUUCUCGUGUUUUAGAUUGGGUUUUCAGGCGAGUUGAUGGCGAAAAUUGUUAUGUAGAUACUCCAAUCGGGUAUUUACCCAGCGAAGGUGCCCUUAAUACAAGUGGUCUUCAAGAAGCAGCUGAUCUAAAAGAACUUUUUAGCUUACCCCAGGAAUUUUGGCAGCAAGAAGUUAAAGACAUUGAAACAUAUUUUAAAAACGAAGUUGGUAAAUAUCUACCAAAGGAGAUAUCCAACGAAUUGAUAGAACUAAAGAAGCGUCUAGCUAAUAUGUAAAUUUAGAGUCCAAACGCCAAUGAACAGACGAGCAGCUUAAAGGUUUAAAUUUUCAAAAAAAUCAAGUUAAUGUUCUACUCAAUGCCAUCUUCAACGAGUUAAGCGCUUAAAAUAUGUGCCAAACGACUGAUAUGUAAUUUGUAUAAAGAUAAUUAAAUUUUUAUAAAUAAA